AUGGGAGACCUAGACGACCACACACCUGAUGAAAUCUACUGCGAUAGCCAAGUCUUUGAUAUUGAUUUCCACCCGCAGACAAACAUCGUAGCUGUUGGAUGUAUCGACGGCAUUGUUCAAGUGUACAAGUAUUCCGAAGAGGCAAAUGUUAAGAUCCUGGAGUUAAAGAAUCACAUGGAAGCCGUGCGAGCGUUGCUGUUUGCACCUGAUGGACAAACUUUAUACACAGCGUCAGCAGAUAAGUCGAUUCGUGCUUUUGACGCACUCGGAAAACCUACAUGGGCCGAGAUGCGUGCGCACGAGCACCCAGUAAAUCGUUUACACGAGCUAUCCGAAAACGUUUUUGUGAGCGGUGACGAUCAGGGAUGCAUCAAAAUUUGGGAUACAAGACAACACCGCUGUCUGGCUGAAUUCAAAGAGCACUCAGACUACAUAUCUGGAUUUGCAACGAAUCCGUCACAGGACCAUUUGCUGGCGACGAGUGGAGACGGACGUUUGUCAGCGUACAAUCUGCGCAAGAAUGCACUAGUUGGCAAGAGUGACGAGCUGGAUGACGAACUGCUCUCUGUCACGGUGAUCAAAAAUGGCCGAAAGGUUGUUUGUGGCUCGCAGGAUGGCGUGCUGGUCAUUUUUAGCUGGGGCACUUGGGGAGAUAUGUCUGAUCGAUUUCCAGGUCAUCCGGAUUCUGUUGAGACUCUGCUGAAGGUGGACGAAGAUACUGUUCUUACUGGAUCAAGUGACGGUAUUGUUCGUGUGGUUCAAGUGCACCCAAAUAAGUUACUUGGUCUUAUUGGUGAUCAUGAAGAUCUUCCUGUUGAGAACCUUAAGUUUUCCCAUGACAGAAAGAUGAUUGGUAGCGUAUCACACACAAAUAAAGUUCACUUCUGGGACGUUGGAUUUUUGUUUGAGGAUGAAGAAGAGGACGAUGCAGGCGAGCACGACGAAAGACCUCGGAAAGGAUCACUCCUGGAUACUGACAUGCAAAAUGCGGAUAGCGAUAGCGAUAGUGAUGAUUCGGAUAUCAGAAAUUCAUCCGGAGGACGCAGGGCUUUACCAACGGCCAACGAACAAUUUUUUUCGGAUUUGUAG